GCCUGCGAGGAUGGAGAAGCUGUCAGGGAAGGACAAGGAGCUGAUCCGCGGCAGCUGGGAGAGCCUGGGCAAAAACAAAGUUCCUCACGGCGUCAUCAUGUUUUCCAGACUGUUUGAGCUGGACCCGGCGCUCCUCAGCCUUUUCAACUACAACACAAACCAUGGCUCCACACAAGACUGCCUGUCCAGCCCCGAGUUCCUGGAACACGUCACCAAGGUGAUGCUCGUGAUCGAUGCGGCCGUCAGCCACCUCGACGACCUCCCCUCCUUGGAGGACUUCCUGCUCAACCUCGGGAGGAAGCAUCAGGCCGUGGGCGUCAACACGCAGUCAUUUGCCGUGGUGGGUGAGUCCCUGCUUUACAUGUUGCAGUGCAGUCUGGGCCAGGCCUACACGGCACCGCUGCGUCAAGCCUGGCUGAGCAUGUACAGCAUCGUGGUGGCAGCCAUGAGCCGGGGGUGGGCCAAGAAUGGCGAGGACAAGGCCGACUGAGGCGCUCA